GUUAGCGAACACGACGAUGUGCUUGUUUACGGAGAGUAACUCUAUGGGCAGCCCCUUACUGUUGGCUAUACGAAAUGGUGAAGAAAGCACAGCUAAAAGUAUAUUACUCCAUGGCCAGUUUUCUGAUUUGGAAAAACAGGGUCCGCGAAAGGACGGCUCGGCUCUGUUUCUGGCCUGUCGUAAAGGCAUGUGUGAAAUGGCACACCUUUUGAUUCUUCAUGGAUCCAACAUUAACAGUCGCACUUCUUAUGGAGCUACUCCACUUCAUGCAGCGGCGGAUCACAACCACUUAGAAAUUACAAGGCUUCUGUUGGGUUAUGGGGCGGACGUGAAUGCCAUGACAAAACGUGGAGAUACAGCGGUACAUUUUGCAGCCUACCGCGGAUAUGCUGCUGUGGUCCAGACCCUAGCUGAGGCAGGUGCUGACGUCACUGUGGAAAACAGCAAAUCACAGAGCCCGACACGUCUGGCUGCUUCCAGGGAUCAUCACGCUAUUGCCAAAUACCUCCAGGCUGUUGCCGGUUUAGCAAAGUACAAACCGAAAACACUGGAUGUACCAAAGCCCGAGCCUAUAACUUACCACCAAAGAACUCUGUCAGAUCAGUCGUUAUCAGAGGAACAUCACGAAGACAAUUGCUUCAGGAGUAUGAAUAUACCGGAUUCAGCUAUGGACAGCACACAAAGCAGCGCCUACGCCUAUAACUCCCUUAAUGAAGACUGCGUUGAGCACAAGGAAAUUAACAGUGUCGAUGACAAGCCUUCGCUGGUGUCGGUACAUAACAUAUGUGGAUCUCAAAUGACUCAAGCACGCAAGGACAAGCUGUACUCCAAGAAUUUGUCCUGGGCGGAUUGAAGCAUAUAGGCAAUUGGAUGUAGGAUAUUUAUAUAAGGCUGAAUUCAUGCUUGCUGUGAUACAGACGUUUAGUUAUUUAUUAAGCGUUUGCUCCUUCCGAUUAUUAUACACUGGAUUUCCUUAAAGGAAGUGUAUUGUCUUUUUUAGUUAAGAUGUGUUGUUUUAAAUGAAAGUCAUUACCUAUUGACAAUGGUUGUGAGGUUUCUUUUAGAUGGAAGCCGACUAUCCGACUAAUAUGGAAAAUCGCUUAAAACAUGUGAUACACUGGCUGUUAUCAAACGAAUAUUUCUUACUGUAUACGUCUUCUGAAGAUGUUACAAGCGACUUCAUAAGAGUUGAUAGUUAAACCAUUCGUUAGAGUGGAAAUCGUGCUGUAAUUGUCAAGAAAAGUUAGGUAUGUAUACGAUUCUUAAAUUUGAAUUAAUUAUUUCGUUUGAAAAUCGAAACAAAAGAACACACCACAAAGGAACUGUAUGGUUGCAUUUCAUUAGGAUUUUUGAAAAAAAUUUAUGUAUCUAUGAAAAAUCAUAAAUUGUCUAGUUUCUUAUCAACUUUCUGAAGUCACAGACUAUACAAGUAUGUUGAUAGCGUUCUAUAUGUGGAUAUGGGACUCCCUGAGGUGUCCUGUUUUGAAAAGCGGUUAAUUGGUAUGAUAUUUUCCCUCCUUUUAUUUUUUUAUAAUCAGAUUUUGUGAUAAAACUGAUAUAAUCAACAUACCCGUUUAAUUACAAUUAAAAUGCCCCCUUUCCCUCAUCUCAAAAUACACAACUGUACUUUCAUCCUGGAUAGAGUGUUUGAAGAUGUUUAAUCGAUAUGCAGGUUUAUUUAUUUUAUUUAUUUGUAACUUUUGCUCAAUGUAUGUAGUGUCUUGAGAGAAAAUAUGAUGUUUUCGUUGAAAAGGUUUUAUAUGUACAUGUCUUGCUACGAGUUAUACCUUGCGUGUCUUUCAACACAGAUUGUCUCUUAUCAGCUUUGUUGAAAAUUUUACAUAUAAAAGUUAUGACAAUCCUAAACAAAAA